AUGGAUGCAUUGCGAAGUUCCAUAGACGAAAGCAUCAAGGCACAUGAAGUUAAUAGACGAAAACGUGUUCAGGGAUCAUAUGAAUGUAAAAAGCGGAAGAAAAGACGAGAAGAAGACGGGUCGACGAAUGGAGUGGAGGACUGCACAGGAGACAACGAGUCAAGUUCCCCAACUGAAGACGAUGGAGAUAAUAACGUGCCCGUGUCUUGGACUAGUGCGACAACUACUGCCUUCUGUGCUGGUCUUUCCAACGAUUUUGUUGAAGAAGAGGAAAUCGUCGAUGAGCUCGACAUUUUAACUGAAGAAGAACUGCAAGCAGAACUUGAUGAGUUGGAGGAGGUGGAUAUCGAUGAGACCGAAGAUAUCAGGAGUCGAGGAGUGAUGAUGCUAGCGAUUCCUCGUCAUCAACAUACAGCAGCUCUGGGGCCUCUUGUGCCAUCACCAGCUUCCUCUUUUUUGUCUCUAUCUCACUGUAGCGAUGAGUCUCCGCCAUGCGUAUAUGUCAAUGGAAGUCUAAGUAGGACACCUGGAGUAGAAAACUCCAUUACUCCAAUGAUGCUACACACGAGCAACGAUGACACCGCAUAA